CCAGAAGCCCAGCGCGGCUCCCGGAGCCGGACCUGUGCCCGUGCCACUCCCGGGACCGCGCCCUCGGCCGCCCCGCGAUGAUCGCGAUCGCAGCCCUCCUGCGCGUCCUCCUGCUCCUGCUGGCCUUCGGCCACAGCACCCAUGGUGCUGCUAACUGCUACCCGGCCUGCCACCCAGUCCACGGAACCUGCAUGGAGAACAACAUCUGCAGAUGCCAGCCUGGCUGGCAAGGCCCCCUCUGUGACCACUGCGUGCCCUUUCCCGGCUGCGUCAACGGCGUCUGCUUUGAACCCUGGCAAUGCAUUUGCGAUGAAGGCUGGGAGGGACACUUCUGCCACAUCGAUGUUCGCCCUUGCACCUCGAACCCUUGCGCCAACAACUCGACCUGCAUGAACCUGGAUAUGGGCGGCUACAAGUGCUCCUGUGCCCCAGGGUUCACGGGACCCCACUGCCAGGAGAAGAAGGCUGGACCCUGCAAGACCAAUGGUUCCCCCUGCCAGCACGGAGGCACCUGCGUGGACGAUGAGGGCCGGGCCUCCCAUGCCUCCUGCCUGUGCCCCCCUGGCUUCUCAGGCAUCUUCUGCGAGAUUAUGGCCAACAGCUGCACCCCCAACCCGUGCCAGCACAAUGGGGUCUGCACCGACAUCGGGGGCGACUUCCGCUGCCGAUGCCCGGCCGGCUUCAUCGACAAGACCUGCAGCCGCCAGGUGACCAACUGCGCCAGCAACCCCUGCCAGAACGGAGCCACCUGCCUGCAGCAUGGCCAGGUGAGCUACGAGUGUCUGUGCAAGCCCGAGUUCACAGGUCCCACCUGCGCCAAGCGCCGGGGGCCGGGCAGCCAGCAGGUCACCCGUGUGCCCCCGGGCUACGGGCUGACCUACCGCCUGACCCCCGGGGUGCACGAGCUGCCAGUGCAGCAGCCCGAACACCACGUCCUGAAGGUGGCCAUGAAGGAGCUCAACAAGAGCCCACCUCUGUUCACCGAGGGCCAGGCCAUCUGCUUCACCAUCCUGGGCGUGCUGACCAGCCUGGUGGUGCUGGCCACCGUGGGCGUGAUCUUCAUCAACAAGUGCGAGACCUGGGUGUCCAACCUGCGCUACCACCACAUGCUGCGCAAGAAGAAGAACCUGCUGCUGCACUACAACAGCGGGGAGGAGCUGGCCGUCAACAUCAUCUUCCCCGAGAAGAUCGACAUGACCACCUUCAACAAGGAGGAGGCCGGCGAAGAAGAGGAGAUCUAAGCCGCAUCCCCGCGGGCCCCUCUAUAUUCUCGGGGUUCCGCCGAGCUCACGCUAUGCGGUCUGUCCUAAUCUUUGUGGUGGAGUUUGCUAUCUUCUGUGUUGAAUCUGGCGAACGCUACGCUUACAUAUAUUGUCUUUGUGUGGCUGUGUGACCAAACGCAAUGCCUGGCAGAAGCCCCCUUUACGCGCUCGCUCGCUCGCUCGCUCUCUCUCUCUCCCCUUUAAUGCAUGCGAUAUAAACAAACAAUAAGAAAUUCAUCUUUAAACCAAGUAAAGAUAUAAGUAUGUUA